AUGUCGAACGGUACUCCCAACGGCCUCGGCCUCGAACCUCAAAUCCACUCGCCACGAGCGCGGAAACCCAUCAACGCCCACCUCGUUCGCGCUUCUCACGAUGAGCUACCGCGUGCCGCUGCCGUCGCAUCUGGGAUUGCCAGUGAGCGGAACACACCUGCACCGCCCGAGGAUGCCCCUCCGUCCGUCAAGGCGACCUCUGCAGCUCGACAGGCUAACCGGCGCAUGACGAAGAAGGGGCGCAUGUUUCCUACGGUGGACUAUGAGGCUCGUGUGUCCUACUUUGACCCCAAUUCCACAUAUUCAAACUUUCGAGGCUUCUUCGUCCUAUUCUGGAUUGGCCUGGCAAUCAUGGUCGUAACCACUAUGCUGCGAAACCUGCGAGAGAACGGGACACUAUUGAACUUCAGGCAAUACCCUUUGUUUCGCCAGGAUAUGGAGGAGUUGGCAGUCAGUGAUGGACUGAUGGUUGCAAGUUCGGCCCUCAGUCUUCCAUUACACCUUUUAUUCAAGAACAGUGGCAAGGGUCUGCUGAGGUGGAAUCGCGGGGGAAUGGUCAUUCAGAGCAUCUAUCAGGCACUGUGGCUCUGGGUGUGGAUAAGCCUGCCAUUUCUCCGCGAUUGGAGUUGGACUGCUCAGGUAUUCUUCACUCUGCACACUUUGUGUAUAUUUAUGAAGAUGCACUCCUAUGCGUUCUACAACGGUCAUCUGUCGAGUACCCUCAACAGGCUCAAGGAACUGGACAUGCCAAUAGGACCUGGGACGCCCACGAAUGCAGCCUUCCGCUUCCCCUCCGCUAGAUUGCACUUGAUGGAGAUCGACAAGGAACCAGAAGACGAAGGUGAGCGCGAGAACAUCUCACCAAUCAUUCAACUUCGGAACGAUCUUGCGAAGGAACUCACUUCGCCAAUGGGCAACGUAACAUAUCCCCAAAAUCUGACGCUCUACAACUUUGCCGACUACGUUAUGUGUCCAACUCUGUGCUACGAGCUCGAGUAUCCACGCACUCCGUCACGCUCAUAUUUGGAGCUCUUUUGGAAGACCCUUGCCGUCUUCGGAUGUGUAUCCCUCCUGACCGUGGUUUCGGAAGAGUUCAUCAUUCCGGUGCUGGACGAAUCGCAACUCCGGCUACUAGCCUCCCGAACAUGGAUUGAUAGCUCGCUCAUCUUCGCAGAGACCGUUUCCCGGAUGUUAUUCCCAUUCAUGGUCACGUUCUUGCUAGUAUUCCUGGUCAUUUUCGAGUACGUCCUGGGGGCUUUUGCGGAGAUCACCUGUUUUGCAGAUCGAAAAUUCUACUCGGACUGGUGGAACUCCCUGGAUUGGCUCGAGUUCUCGCGUGAAUGGAAUGUGCCUGUACACAACUUCUUCCGGCGACAUGUCUACAGCGCCAGCAGAAGCGUCAAUCUGUCGCGUCCUGCAGCUACUGGCAUAACAUUCUUGAUCUCCGCGCUAGCGCAUGAAUUGAUCAUGGGGUGUAUCACCAGGAAGUUUAGAGGAUAUGGCUUCACGUUGAUGAUGAUGCAAAUGCCCAUUGUUGCAAUCCAGCGCAUGCCGUGGGUCAGGGACCAACAGCUGCUGAACAACAUCAUGUUCUGGAUCUCGAUGAUCACAGGACUGUCAUUGCUUUGCGCUCUCUACGUGCUCAUUUAG